AUGAAGGACUUUUUUGCAUUUAGGAUACAGGAAAGGUUAGCUGAUGGUUCUCCAUUACUGGUUGUUGGAUACCCAGAGCUUUUCUUAACCUUUACUUGCAAUCCUAAGUGGCCUGAGUUUAAUUUUCUAAAGAAUAGGGAUCUAAAUGCUGAAGACCGUCCUGAUAUGGUAUGUCAAACCUUUAAGGUCAAAUUGGAUCGUCUAAUCCAAGACAUCAGAGAGAACAAUAUAUUUAGAAGGGUCGUUGCAGUUGUCUAUACUAUCGAAUACCAGAAGCAUGGUCUACCCCAAGCAUACAUCUUGGUCUUCUUACAUAGAGAUGACAAGUAUCCAGCUGCAGAUGAUAUUGAUCAAAUCAUAAGUGCUGAAAUAACAGAUAAGGAUAGAGAUCCACUAUACUAUGAAGUUGUAGAAAAAAACAUGAUGUACGGUUCAUGUAGGAGCAUCAAGAAAGACUCACCGUGCAUGGAGAAUGGAAAGUGCAUUAGACACUUUCCUAAAAAAUUUGUCAACAACACUACUAUUGACGAUGAUGGAUAUCCUAUUUACAGGCGAAGAGAUGAUGGAAAGACAAUUAGCAAAUGUGGGGUUGAACUUGACAAUCGUUAUGUUGUCCCACACAAUAAAAAGCUUCUUUUGAGAUAUGGGGCACACAUUAACGUUGAAUGGUGCAACCAAUCAAGAUCAAUCAAAUACUUAUUCAAGUAUGUUAAUAAAGGAAACGAUCGAGCAACUGCUUCGUUUUACAACAGUAGCACAACCGAUGUAGAGAAUGAUGAGUGUGAUGAAGUUAGCAUGUAUUAUGACUGUAGAUAUAUAUCUCUAUGUGAAGCACCUUGGAGAAUAUUUGGGUACAGAAUCCACUUUAGAGACCCUUCUAUGGUACGUUUGGGGUUCCACUUGCCAGGUGAGCAACCUGUUAUUUUUCAAGAUCAUGAAAAUCUAAAAGAUGUUGUUAAGAAGGCUUCUGUGAAGGAAUCUAUGUUUCUUGGAUGGUUCAAGACAAACAAGAAGUACAGUGAGGCUCAGAGAUCAGGAAAAAUAUACUAUGUUCAAUUACUCCUAAAUUUUGUGAGAAGCCCAACCAGCUCUGAGGAUAUUAGAACUAUUGACGGUAUUCUAUACCCUACAUUUAGAGAUGCAUGUUAUUUACAAGGUAUUCUAGAUGAUGACAAGGAAUAUAUCGAUGCUGUUGAGGAAGCAAAUUUACAUAUGACAGAGACAGAAAUAAGAGACUUGACUCUUAUUGAAAUUGAGAACUUAUUAAAGGGAUACAAUAAGAGCCUAAGAGACAUCCCUUCUAUGCCAUUCCCUAACAUUGACAUGUGUUAUCAACAAUUGAUGUCCAAUAGUGUCAAUAGGCUUAUUUGUGACGAGUUUCGUUAUGAUAGGCGACAAUUGGUAGUAGAGCAUGCAGAUUUGUUACAAAAGCUAACAGAUGAGCAGAAGCGAGUGUAUAAACAAAUAUUAGCAGCUGCCAAUAGUGGUGAUGGUGGUGUGUUUUUACUAUAUGGAUAUGGCGGUACAGGAAAGACAUUUGUUUGGAAAAUAUUAGCUGCUACAAUUAGAUCUAAAGAUCGAAUUGUCUUGAUGGUUGCAUCUCUCUUGCUCCCUGGUGGAAGGACAGCAUACUCGCGUUUUGCAAUCUCUAUUAACUUUGAAUAUUUUUCAACAUGUAGCAUUAAUCAGAACAGCCCUUUGGUAGAGUUGAUAAUUCGAUGUAAGCUUAUUAUAUGGGAUGAAGCUCCAAUGGUCAACAGAUUUUGCAUCGAAACACUUAAUAGAACAAUGAGAGAUAUCUUAAGAUUCAAAAAUGCUAAUAGUCUUCAACAACCUUUUGGAGGCAAGACUGUUGUAUUUGGCGAGGAUUUUCCACAAUACUACCUUUGCAAGUUGUUGUCACUAACACAGAACAUGCAGCUGCGGGUGGACACUUUUGAUGAAAGGAAUAAUGAGGUAAAACAAUUUAUUGAUCGGAUUUUGUCAAUUGGAGAUGGUCAGUGUGGUGAUCUUAUUGAUGGGAUAGACAAGAUAAGAAUUCCUGAUGAUAUUCUCAUUGAUUAA